AUGACGAGUACUACUUCGACGUUGGCGGCAUCCGAACCACCACCACCACCAUCAUCAUCAUCAUUUCAAUUGGAAACAGAGGCGCUGCUUAGCAGUGAAUGGUGGUAUAUUGUUAAGAACAACAGCUCAGAUCAUUGUAAGUGGCCUGGUAUAGUCUGCAAUAAUGCUGGAAGUGUCACCGAAAUAAGCCUGCCUGACAACAUCAAAUUGGAAGUCGAGUUGGGGAAAUUUAACUUCUCUUCCUUUCCAAAUCUUGUCCGUCUUGACCUUGGUGAUAAAGGACUCCAUGAGACCAUCCCAGAUCAAAUAGGUAAACUUUCAAAACUUACCUACCUCAAUUUGUCCUCCAAUGAUCUUUACAGUGAGCUACCUCGUUCGCUGGCUUAUCUGACUGAAUUAGUGGAGCUUGACAUUUCUAACAACAGAGUCAAUGGUUCUAUCCCUCCAAAAUUAGGAAAUCUGGAAAAUCUGGUUUUCCUAAGCAUGAGUCACAACUACCUUCACGGUCCAAUCCCUCCAGCUCUCGGCCGGUUGUCUAAGCUAACCUUACUAGACCUCAGUUACAAUCAAUUCGCUGGACCAAUCCCAUUGGCUCUUGGUCUUUUGACAAAUCUUUCCCAUCUCAACUUGCGUUACAGUUCUAUCCAUGGCUCCAUUCCACCAUAA